AUGGCGCAGGCAACCCAGUCUAUAAAAUGCGUGGUGACAGGUGAUGGUGCGGUGGGAAAGACCUGUUUGCUCAUAUCCUACACGACCAAUGCCUUCCCUGGCGAAUACAUCCCGACCGUUUUCGACAACUACUCUGCGAGUGUCAUGGUCGAUGGCAAGCCUGUCUCUCUCGGUCUAUGGGAUACGGCCGGUCAGGAAGAUUACGACAGAUUGCGCCCUCUCUCCUACCCUCAGACCGAUGUCUUUCUGAUUUGUUUUUCUAUUGUUUCGCCUCCCAGUUUUGACAACGUCAAAGCAAAGUGGUACCCCGAAAUCGAGCAUCACGCCCCUGGCGUACCCAUCAUCCUGGUCGGCACCAAGCUUGAUCUAAGAGAGGACAAGGCUACGGCCGAUAACCUGCGGUCGAAGAAAAUGGAGCCUGUCUCAUAUGAGCAGGCUCUUGCAGUUGCCAAAGAGAUCAAGGCAGUCAAAUAUUUGGAGUGCUCGGCGCUGACACAACGAAAUCUGAAGAGUGUCUUUGAUGAGGCCAUUAGGGCCGUUCUCAAUCCUCGCCCGACCACGACCAAGAAGAAAUCGAAAUGCACCAUUCUCUAG